AUGAUUACCUCUCCAAUGCUAAUCGGCAUACCUGCAUCCCUCUUACUUUUUCUGCCUUCUCCAGCUAAAGCAGAGGGAGACGUCCCUCCGUCGCCAGCAUCCUCCCACCACAGCAGCACCCAGGCGCCCAGCCUAACAGAGGAGAUCGGCAAGCGCACCCCACAGGGCAGCCAGAACUCCCUCAACACCGUCAGCUCCGGCAGCGGCUCCACCUCUGGCAUCGGCAGCGGGGGAGGGGGUGGAGGGGCAGGGGGCAGCGGCAACACCGUCGUCUCGGCCGUGGCUGCCACCACCUCCUCCCAGCCCCUCAAUGUCAACUCCACUUCCGCCCCCUCCUCCACCAUGCAGCCAUACGACGUGGAGAUCCACCGCGGCGAGAACGAAGGAUUCGGCUUUGUCAUCGUCUCGUCCGUGUCGCGGCCCGAAGCUGGCACCACAUUUGCUGGCAAUGCAUGUGUUGCCAUGCCCCACAAAAUAGGGCGCAUCAUCGAGGGGAGCCCGGCAGACCGCUGCGGGAAGCUGAAGGUUGGCGACCGCAUCCUGGCCGUGAACGGAUGCUCCAUCACCAAUAAGUCGCAUUCUGACAUUGUCAACCUCAUCAAGGAGGCCGGGAACACCGUCACGCUACGCAUCAUUCCUGGAGACGAGUCGUCAAAUGCAUCUUUGUUGACCAAUGCAGAGAAGAUUGCCACCAUAACCACCACUCACACACCUCAGCAACAGGCCGCCCCGGAGGCCAGGAACAACACCAAACCAAAACAAGAAUCGUUUGAAUUCAAACCCCCACAAGGACCUCCUCCCCAGCCCCCGACACAAGUCUCAUCUCAGGACACUGAGUUCUACUCAGUGGACCUGGAUCGAGACAACAAAGGCUUUGGCUUCAGUCUGCGCGGAGGCAGAGAAUACAACAUGGACCUGUACGUGCUGAGGCUAGCUGAGGACGGAGCGGCCGUACGCAACGGAAAGAUGAGGGUUGGUGAUGAGAUCUUGGAGAUCAACGGCGAGAGCACAAAGGGCAUGAAGCACGCACGAGCCAUCGAGCUCAUCAAGAGCGGAGGCCGGCGCGUCCAUCUGGUGCUCAAGAGGGGUGACGGCUCUGUGCCGGAAUAUGACGGCAGCCCUAACAACAGCAUCACAGCCAACGCAGCCGCAGGGUUACAAAACGCUGCGGAAGUGAACACCCUACCCCCAACCAACGCACCAUCGGAGUUAAGUUACCCACCAGAACCCCAACAACCAUCCCGGAGCAAGAAGGAGUCGGGUCACAAGUCUACCCGCACCGGCAAGCAGCACCAUUCCAAGCACCGCCACAGCUCCCCUCACAAGAAAACCAGCACGGGAAAACACAAGGAGAAAAAGUCUACUGUCAAGCUGUUUAAGAAGAAGGAUGGCAAGGGGAGUGACAACCACCACCACCACCAUUCCAGCGGGCACCACCGUAGUCGCCACCGUUCGCCCGACAGGAGGCAUGGCAGGUCUCGUAGCGCAGACAACACCCUUGAUAGCCAUCAGAAGGGUCGCUCACCUGACAGACACCAUGGCCACCACCGCCACCGCUCUCCCUAUCGUUCUCCUUAUCGCUCGCCUCGCCGCCACAGGUCUCCCCACAGGUCUCCCCACAGGUCUCCCCACAGGUCUCCCCACCGCUCUCGGCACCACUCCCCCACAAGACGCCACGCCCACUCCUCAGACCCCUACCGCCGGUACGCCUCCCCAGAGAGACCGAGCCACAGCAAUGAAAAGCCCAACAGUGCUGUGGCCGUAUUGAAGGAGCCAUCUAAGGCUCCUGAACUCAGCCUCCCUUUUGAGGACAGCAUCCUCCGAGAGCCCCCGGCUCUGGACCGCCUGAACCGAGAGGCCACGGUUCCAUCAUUGCACAGGGAGGAUCACCUGUACGGCGAGGAUAGCCUGCUGUUGAGAGCCUCCUCCAUGGACAGAGCCUACAAGGGGGACAGCCUGCUGAGGGACAUGGCGUCUCGGGGCCAGAGAGACGCCACCUUACCCAGAGUGCGCACCCCUGACUCAGAUUCAGCCUACAAGAGGUACAGCUCACUGCUGAGGGGGCGCUCACCUGAGAGGACUGAGAGGGACGGGCGCUACGCCAGCAGAGAUAGUACUCCAGAGAGCGAAUACGGAGCCCGAAGCCUGGGACGUGACAUCUCCCCGAUCAGGAGUCCCAGGAGAGACGACUCGGAAGAUGAAGAGGAUGAUGACAAUUUCGUAGCGGCUAAGGUGAGAGAGUACUACAGCACGCUCAAGACCGACACCAGUCAGUCGUCCAGGCCCUCGCUCCCUGAGCCCAAGAAGACCUACAAGGACAACCCCAAAGACCUGAGUAUCUGAUUGGAUGACUGUCAGCCAAUCAAAGCAAGCAACCCACAAUACACCUCAAGUACUAGCUCAUAUUACCACUUGGUUCUACAGAAAUGCACCCAGCUAUGUAUACACACAAACGUACAUUAACACAGCUGCACACACACAUUAUGUAACAGCGUUGAGUUACGAACAAGACAGUGAUUCCAAAAUGAUUUUUUUUGAAAGCUGUUUAUUUUUCUUUUCUUCGAUUGUAUGUUUUAUUUUUUUUCUCCCUUGUUUUUGUUGAAGCAUUCUACAUUUACAGUAACUCAGACUUUUCCAGAAAAUGUAAAACCAUAAAAAACAAUGAUGUGCCUAACAGUUCCAUUAACGAGCAACCUUUUUUUUUCCAAUUUUAAUUAUUUGAUAUGUGGCAGGCGCUUUGUGACGCGCUGUCAGGUGAAGACAUGUAUGUACUUUUCCACAUGGAUCCCAUGGAAGAACCGUGCACCUGGAUGACUGUAACUGGUGCUCACAAUGAUGCUGUGCAUGUCUCUACCGGUUUCAAUGUCUCUUUCUCUCUAUUCUCUCUCUCUCUCUCUCUCUCUCUCUUCUCUCUCUCUCUCUCUCUCUCUCUCUCUCUCUCUCUCUCUCUCUCUCUCUCUCUCCUGCCUUCAUUCUCUCUCUUUCUCUUUCCCCAGUGCCACUGUUUUUUAGACAUUUGACCAGACUAUAGCACAAGCCUGCAUUUGUUUGUAUAUUUUUGACAGUUUGCAGUAUGUGUACAUUCAGAGGUGAUCAUUUUAAAUGAAUGAAGGGGAAAUCAAAAGUUAACUAUGAUGAUGAUGUUAAAAUAAAAUAAUAUA